AUGGAUAAGGAAACCUUCUUGUUAAAUGAACAAAUAAAAUUUGACAAAUUUAAUGAAAACGUUGAAGAAGAAUAUAAAAGAAAAUUUAAUUCGGAUAGCAAAAUAGAUGGAUAUUUUGAAGAUGAUGCAUCUUCAAAUUUAAUGUUAAGAGAAAAAAAAAAGAAGGAAAAAAUAUUUUUAUACAAUUUUAUAUCUCCUUUUAUAGAUUUAGGAAAACAUUUUUAUUCCUCUUUAAAAUUAAUAUAUGAACCAAAAUUAUAUCAUCUUUCGAUUUUCUUAACUAUGUUAUGGGGAUAUAAAAAUAUCAAAUGUAUAAACAAAUUAUUAUUUUAUAAAUAUAAUGAUAUUUAUUAUCAAAUUACCAGACCUGAUUCAUUAAAUAGUAGAAAUAAAGCUUUUAAAACUUUAGUUAUUGGAGGAUUAGUGAUACCUUGUUCUUUUGUUGCAUUUUCUAUUUAUGAUAUGAGCAAAGAAAAAAAAAAUUCUUUAUUCAUAAAAAAUUUUGAAAAACCACUUUCUGAAAAAAAAACUAUAAUUAUACCAUACAAUUUAAGGAGAAAUAUUUCAAAAAAGGUUUUAAGUUUAAAGGAAAAAACACUAUUUUUUGCAAAGGAUUUGGCUGAAAACAAUAACUUUAAAAGAUUAUCAAAAGAAUAUCAUAAGAAUAUAAAUAAAAGAUUGAAUAAAAAUUAUUUAAAAAAAGAUGAAUUAGAUUAG